UGACUGCACUAAUAGUGGAUGGAUCGACAAGAGAAACACAAGAGAUAACUUCACCACCAGCGAGAGCAACUCCCUCUGUAAAACUUGGAGGCUGGCUCGUCACUCUUUGGUGGACAAAUCUCAGUCUCAGUGUCUCCUCUGGCUCUCGCAAGUCUCCGCCGACCGGCUAAAGUCGAUCUUAUCUUAUCGCAUCUCCGCGCGGUUCCAGUGUUACAACUCUUAACAGUUGCAAAGCUCCAGCACUGCUGUUUGCGUCUGCCUCUUUGGUCCAACUGUGCUGCCUACUCGGUUUCUGCUCCUCAUGACUGCUUAUUCUGCCACUUCUAUUCUUUGCAAAGGCGCAUCAGUCCAACAAAGCGCCCACUUCUCCACCCCUCUCCCCUCCCGCGUCUUCCCCCUCCCCAGGCACAGCAGACCUCCUAUGCAGCCUCCCUCACUAGUUCUUCCACAGUCCUCAAGCUCUUCUGGUACACCAAAUAUAGCGUCGCGUCUCAAACCGCCAGCGGCGAGGGAUCCCUCGUUCCAACCUCCCGCGUACCCUCAUGCCAUCUCCCCAGGCUACCAGACCCCUCAUCCCCACGUUACCAUCGACCCAGUCAGCACCGCGCAUAUCCCCUCGUUGACUCGCAUCACGGGUCUCCUCCUACCCAUCCGCUAUCCCAACUCGUUCUACACGGCAACAAUCACCGACCCCGUCAUCGCGUCGGUUUCGCGCGUCGCGAUCUACCAUGAUCACCCCGUAGCCGCGGCACCGUCUACCACCCCGUCACCCGCCGCAACGAGCCUAGGAGCAAGCACAGGAACGGACAAAGUUAUUGGCGGCAUCAGAUGCCGGCUUGAACGCCUGUCCGUAGGGGGCGAAACGACGUCUCAUUCGCAGAAGUCGGAGCCAACGAAUCUCUACAUCCAGACCCUCCAUCUGCUCUCCCCGUAUCGAGGCUGUGGGGUCGCGGCCUCCCUGCUCAAUUCUAUACUCUUCUCUUCUCCACCGUCGCCUUCGACUUCAUCUUCUUCCUCGUCCUUUUCUUCUUAUAAUGUAUCAGAGCUGGUGAAACAUUACAACAUUCGCACUGUCACGGCGCAUGUCCAUGAGGCCAAUGAGGAGGGCCUGAGGUGGUACAUUGCUCGAGGAUUUCAGGUAGAAGAGGGCCUGGUGGAGAACUACUACCGGCGGCUGAAGCCUUCUGGAGCGAAGAUCGUCAAACUGGUUCUGCAGUGGAGCGAUGACGACGGUGACGCAGACGGAGCCCCUCAGUGCGGCUCAGAGCAGACUCGGCCGGUGCAGAAUGAUGCCAAGGGCCAGGACGAAGAUGAUGACUGGGAGAAAGUCGAGGCCGAGGAUAGCGAUGACCCGGAUGCCCAAGGAGUCCAGUUUACGGAGUCCAGGAUCCUGGAGGGGAAUGAUGGUCCCCCAAGGAAACGGAAGGCGGACGAUGAGCCCCAGAGACAUUGAGCCGACGCAUUCCUCCUCUGCAUUUUCUUCACUGCUCUCAUUGCGUGAUUUUCCCGUCAAUAUUGUAGCAUUGUUUUGCUUUCCUUCUUGCCGUCCUGGAUACCCUGCUUUUAUCAGAAACGUUUUGACCGAGCUAUAGAGGGCAGUCACAGACGUUGGUUGCAUGCGCUGUAGAUUGGCAUUUGCACUUAGAAGUGCAUAUCUCGCAUCGAGUUCCUGCCCGAGCCGCUGUACAGAGCCUUAAAUUUCAUGUUCAUGAAGUGCUGUAUUUACAAAUGAACGCAACUAUAUCGGAAUGAAUG